AUGGGGGCCACGCGGAGCCCCGGCGACGGGACCCCGGAGCCCGAGCCUCCCCAGGACGGGGGAGCCGAGGCCCCGACCCCCAUCCCGACCCCGGCCGGGGGACAGAGGGCACGGCAGACCCCCAGCCCCUCGGGGGAGGCUCAGCCGAAGACCCCGGCAGACGACGAGGAGGAGGAGGAGGAGGAGGAGGAAGAGGAAGGAAGCAGCACGGAGAGCAGCAAGGACGGGGUGGCGGAAGCCCCAUCCCUCCAGCCACCGUCGUCCUCCGCGCCGCCCCAGACGGAGGGGCCGCGGGGGGCAGCCCGGCGCCUGCGGGGGAAGCAGGUGGAGGCCCUGACUCGGGUGGCCCUGAUGGAGCAGAGAGUGAAGGAGCUGCAGCAGCAGAGGAAGGAGCUGAGGAUCGAGAUGGAGGUGGAAGUGGCGCUGCUGCGCGGAGAGCUGGCCGGGGAGCGAGUAGCCGCCCGGCGCGAGGAGGAGAAGCUGCGGGAGCUCGCGGGGCAGCGGGAGGCGGCCCAGCGCAGGCUGCAGGACCAGCGGGACCAGGAGCAGCAGCGCCUGGCCGAGGAGCGGGCCCGCGUGCAGCAGCUGGCCCAGAGGCUGGAGGAGGCCCGGGGGCUACUGGACUCCCAACCCGAGAGUCAGAAGGAGCGGCUGCUGCAGGAUGUCCAUGAGGUGUCAGAGCAGCUGGAAGCCGCCCAGCGGGGCUACGAGGACCUGGAGUUCCAGCAGCUGGAGCGGGAAAGCCGGCGGGAGGAAGAGGAGAGAGAUGGGGCCGGGGCCGGGGCCCGGGAGCUGGAGGGGCAGAUCCGGGAGCUGGAGGGAAGCCUGGCCCAGCACAAGCGGCGGGUCCAGGUGCUGGAGGAACAGUUGCGUUCGCUGGGAGAGCAGAUGGCGGCCGAGAGCCGGGGCCUUAGCCGCAAGAAAGAGGAGGCCAUGCAGGCUCUGAGCCAGGAGCGGACCCGCCUCCUGGCACUGAACAAGCUGCACGGGGCCCAGGCCGGAGACGCGGGCAUCACUGAGCAGAGCCAGGCCCUCACCAAGCUCCUGUUCACCCAGAAGACGGAUCGGCAGCUCCUGGUUCUCAAAGACCCCUCGGUAGCAGCCGCCUCCUCCUGCCUGUUCUCCGUCCACAGCUCCCUGCAGGGCUCCUUCGGGCUCCAGCGGACCGGGAGUUUGCCGAGGAGACGGGGAGACCGGACUGGGCCGCGGGGGGGUGCCCCACGGCCUCUGUCUCUGCACUGUAACGGACCCCUGGAGGCAUCGGGGCUGCAGGGCCCCCCCAGCGGGGGGGCUCCCCUCAGGCUCCCUCUGUAUCAGCUGCUGAGCUGCAGCCCCGGGACCAGCUGUGGGGUCCCCCACCCCGAUAUCGCUCACAUGGAGAGGCUGUUGCACCAGGCCAUGGCCGAGAGGGAAAGGCUACUGAAAGCUCGGGAGGAGACUAAAGGAAACAAGGAGGAGCCUAAACCCGCAGAAACACCGGUGAUCACGCAGGCCCCAGAGGCUCCCGCCCCGGCGGCCCCCCAGCCCCUGGACCUUCGCCGGCACCUGGAGCGCUGGGGCCACAGCCUGGACAGCUGCCCGCAGGUCCACGUGGCCAGCGGCUGCUGCCGGGGACCACUGAUCAAGAUGGGCGGGAGGAUCAAGACCUGGAGGAAGCGCUGGUUCUGCUUUGACCGGAGCAAGCGCCGCCUGGCCUACUACGCCGACAAAGAGGAGACCAAGCUCAAAGGAGUCAUCUACUUUCAGGCCAUUGAGGAGGUUUACUAUGACCACUUGCGCUGUGCUUUUAAGAGCCCCAACCCUCGCCUGACGUUCUGCGUGAAGACGUACGAGCGGCUGUUCUGCAUGGUGGCCCCCAGCCCCGAGGCCAUGCGCAUCUGGAUGGAUGUCAUCGUCACCGCGGCCGACGAGAACCACGCCCCCUAGCGGGCCACGUCCCCUAACGGGCGCCGUCCAAUCAGGCGCCGGGGGCGGGACCAGGCUGCCGAAGCCACGCCCCCUACGGCAGACCCCGCCCAAUCCGGCGCUGGGGCGGGACCAGACUGCAGAAGCCACGCCCCCUUCGCCAGACCUCGCCCAAUCCGGCGCUGGGGCGGGGCCACAUUGCAGAAGCCACGCCCAUCCAUGGGACCCCCCCACCCAAUCCGGCGUUGGGGGCGGGACCAGCCCGGCUAGGCCACGCCCCCUUCGCGACCGUCCAAUCCGGCGCUGGGGGCGGGGCCAUAUUGGAGGAGCCACGCCCCUUCCCGGGACCUGUCCAACCAGGUUCUUGGGGGCGUGGCCACCCGAAGCCCCGCCCCACCACCCCAGGCCCGUUGGAGGUCGCCUGUCAGUCAAUCGUAUUUAUUGGGCGCCUUUCAGGUGCAGAGGCACCGUACUAAGCGCUUGGGCAAA